AUGUCCUCGGUUCUAGAAAAUAUCACCUCUUCCAGUGAAACCCCCUACCCUGCGUGGCUCUUCUCGACCGCGUUGUUGGCAACCUUCACAUCUCAAAACAAUAAAGUGCAGGCGGUGCAGCCGGCCCAGGCCUCUUCUGGUGGGCUCAUGAGCAUGUUCAGGCGUUCCGCCAAGGUAGGAAUCAAGCCUUCCCCGUUGUCUUGCAUUGGCUUUGGUGGUGCCAUGGCUCUUGGUGGGUGGAUUGUGCGUGACGGUGCGGUUGACGAUGGUGCUGGCUUCAACAUGGCCUGGUCGACCUUGUACUUGUUGGUUAACGGUGGUGCCAGUGUCAGACAGAUUAUCAGGGGCAAGAUUUGGCCUCUCUGUUUAACUGGGCUCGCGCUUGGAAACUUGGGGAUCUACGGUCGCAGAUUUGUCUACGGCGAGGAAGAGAAGUUACUCUAA